GAACAGUUUUGAUCAAAAGUAACAGUGGUCAGUUGAUGUUGGUAUCUCCUCAGCAACCUGUAACAAGAGCCGAGACUACAAGUACCAUAAUUUCAAGACCGGCGCUACCAACGAAUCCUCAAACAGUCAAAAUCUGUGCAAUGCCGAAUUCUAAUUCACAGUUAAUCAAGAAAGUGGCUGUGGCACCUGUUAAACCAUUGGCACAAAUGGGAGCUACUGUGGUAACCACUGUUACAAAGCCUUCCUUAGUACAAUCUGUGGCUGUGCCAACCAGUGUUGUCACAGUCACUCCUGUGAAGCCGUCGAAUACUGUAACUACCCUGCAGCCUUCAAGUUUGGGAGCAUCACACGCACCGUCUAGUGAGCCCGUCCUCAAAGCGGGGAACUCAGCAGCCGCUCAGACCAACCUCACUCCGGCGAUGCUAGAAAAUGUGAAGAAAUGUAAGAACUUUCUUGCGAUGUUAAUAAAACUAGCAUGUAGUGGAUCACAGUCCCCGGAGAUGGGGCAGAAUGUCAAGAAGCUGGUGGGACAACUUUUGGAUGCAAAAAUCGAAGCGGAGGAAUUUACUAGACAACUGUAUGUUGAGCUCAAGUCUUCACCCCAGCCUCACCUAGUCCCUUUUCUUAAGAAAAGUGUGAGUGCCUUGCGACAGCUCCUGCCCAGCUCUCAGAGCUUCAUCCAGCAGUGUGUUCAGCAGACCUCCGGGGAGGCCAUCGUUGCUACCUGCACCACUCCGGUGACCGCUGUGGCGACAGCAACCGACUCCUCAGUCCAGGCUGAACGGGCCCUUGUCUCUGGAGCAGCCACACCCAGAACGGUGUCCGCGCAAAGUGUGAAUUCCUUUGUUGGCCCAGGGGGAGCAAACGCUGGAGUGGUGACACUUCAUUCUGUGGGUCCAGCUGCUGUAGCAGGAGGAGCAACAGCCGGAACUGUCGUGCUUCAGACGCCAAAACCGCUUGUGACCUCUGUACAGAACACAGUGGCAGCAGUCUCGCUUCCACCUGAGAAGCCAGUGGUCUCGGGAGCAGGGGUGACGCUGGCCCUCCCAUCAGUAACUUUGGGAGAAACUUCAUCAGCUGUUUGUCUUCCGUCUGUGAAAACUGUCGUUACUUCUGCUGGGACCACCUCUGAGAAGCCUGUCAUGGGCGCUCCGGUCCAGAUCACACUCGCACAGCCGGGACCCGUCCUUUCCCCGUCGGCUGCUCUCCCACAGGCAGUGAAAGUCAAGCAGCUGGUAGUCCAGCAGCCUUCAGGGUGCAUUUCCAGACAAGUGGGCACACUCCCCGCUUCCUCAGCACUGACCCUUCAGAAGAAGAUGCCUGUGAGCACUGCAGCAACUUCCGUUUCCAUUCUAAAGCAAACUACCCUGCCAGGAAAUAAAAUUCUGCCUCUUCAAGUAUCUUCUAUUCGGAAAGAUAAAAUAAAGGAGAAUGGAGCGACGUCCUUGAGGUAAAGAAAAUAAAUAGUUAAAACUUGAUUUGGAUUAAGGAAGUGACAUUUCAAAAAAAGAAAAGAGAUGACAGUACUUUUAAUAAUAAAUAUAUUUAUGCAUUUAAAAAAA